AUGACUUGCUCGCAAGCAGUAGCACUUUUGACGCAGGGAUUGUGCGGAACACGGCAUUAUCCAAAAUGCCGGCAAAAAUAUUUUGAUCUAGUCUUAAAUGUCAGGACCGGUCAUGAGCUUCAGUCUUCCGACUAUAAAUCUUAUGAUACGGAGAAUAGUGAGCGUUGUUGCGCUUUCCAGGAAUUUUCUCGCAUGAGACGACAGCAAGCUGAAGUAUUUAGAUACGGCUUCUUUUUCCAGCGCGACUCCACCAAAGCAGCGGCUGGUGGGAUGGAAAUUAGCGAUUGUUUACCGCCAUCUUCAGGUUUCAUACCGCGGAGAUGA